AUGAAUCCGUCAGAGUUUCUAGGGUUGCAAGUUGGUGAGGAUCCCCAGAACUUUAUUGAUGAGGUCAAGAAGAUAUUUGGAGUGAUGAAGGUAACUGGGAAUGAUAGGGUAGAGUUAGCAUCCUACCAGCUCAAGGAUGUAGCUCACAUUUGGUUUACUCAAUGGAAGAAAAACAAGGGUGAGAAUGCAUCUCUUGUGACUUGGGAGUGUUAUACUGGAGCUUUUCUAGACACGUUCUUUCCAAGAGAAUUGAGGGAGGCAAAAGCUCAGGAAUUCAUGAAUUUGUGGCAAGGUUCUAUGUCGGUCCAAGAGUAUGGACUUAAGCUCACCCAACUCUCUAGGUAUGCCCCAUAUAUGGUUGCAAAUUCCAAGGCUCGGAUGAGUAAGUUUCUAUUAGGGGAAUCUGACAUGCCUGAAAGUCCAGUCGGCGGUUUAAGUCAGGCUCGCCGAUUGGUUCGGCGAUCCGCCCUUUGCUCCCUUUCAUCGCCAUUUUGCAUUGGUCAUCAGCCUUCCAGGUCCUGUAACUUUAGGCGAGUAAAUUUGUUGUCGCGAAAUGGAUCGGCGAUUCACCGAUUGGCCAUUUCUGUCGCCAACUUGGUUUCUUCCCUAGGGAUUGGCACACUGGACCUUUAG